CGCGCAUCUUAAUACACAAACAAGGAUAAAUGAGCAACAGUCAACAUUUGCACGAUUCAAAUUAGGCAGAAGCAUUUUCAAUAGAUGUAGAAAUGUUUCAUUGACUAAUUUGUUGUUUUCGAUAAUGUGACAAGAAGUGUUAUCAAAUAACAAUGAAAUAUUUUCUGCCGGGACUCUCAUUUGUUAUUUUCUAUAUUUUGAUAGGGAUUAAACAUGUAUAUUCAGAGCCAAGCACCUGUGGGACUUUGAAAUUUGAAAAGGAAAAUGUUACAAAAUGCAAGACCGCACGCUUAAUAUACAAACCAAACGCUCAAUAUGCAGUGCGCAUAUGGUUGAAAGAACAGGACGGUAAAGCGGAAGUGAUUUAUGACCACACAGCAAUACACACCAACAGCAAAUACAUUGAAUCAGAAAAAGAUGGCAAUGUCAUAUUAUCUAUAUUAGCAGUAAAUUCAACAGACGUUGCGGCAUAUAUAAUUAAAUGUACAGAACAACGAUUUACAUUGCGUUCAUCUCUUAAAGUAACUGCACACCCUACUGGAUCUGGUUGCAAAGAGAAAUGUGGCAUACUUUCUGUUCUGAACAGCAACAUCAUAGAAGGAGAUCCAGUUACAUUUAACUUUUAUGUUGGAGACGAAAAAGCCAUGAUAUGGGAAAAGAAAGAUUCGACUUCCUUUAACCAACUUAAAGGUGAAAAGUAUAAAAAGUCAGUGAUUCCAGGAUAUAGGGGCCACAGACUCAAUAUUUAUAAGACACAGUAUAGCGAUAACGGCGAGUACAGAGUAAAUUGCGGUGACACAGUGUCGAAUUCUGUGUAUCUGAAUAUUGAUUACAGUCGACCAACUGACCCAGAAUUCUCCGACGUAAAGACCGAGCUUUAUUGUAAAUCGGACGGAUGUAUAUUGGCUACUGUAGAUAAACCAGUAAAAGUAGAAUGUUUUGCGAAAGGUGGAUCAGAGCCUGUAGAACUAAUAAUGUUGAAGAACGGAAAGGAAAUUGCAAAUGCCUCUCAGGAAACCGAGGAAAAAAGUACAAAAACCUUUCACUAUGUAAAAUACAAUUUUACACCAACUAAAUCAGAUAUCGACGCCAUAUUUAAUUGUAGAGUGCAGAAUCCAGCUCUGACAGUACCAUCAGAAACAUCUGUAUUGAUGUAUGUGAGAGUGACCCCAAACAAGAUAGACUUUAUUCUCAAUGAGGUAAAAGAGGGAAAACAAAGCGAAAUCCAAUGCGUUUCAAUGAAUGGUAGACCAUCUUUAAAGUCAGACCUGUAUAUAGGUAGUUUAAAAGAAGAUGAUACAUCAAUGAAUUCUGAAACAGUGGCUGGUGAUUUGCAUACUGUAACCACAUCGGCAACUAAGGCAUUUUCAAGAUAUCAAAACCAGGUGAAGAUAAAGUGUUGUAGCACUGUUGGUGACGCAAUAUGCAACGAGACAAACAUAAAUGUACUAUUUCCACCAAAAAAUGUGACUGUUCAAGAAAUUUCAAAUCAAAACGAAGAAAAUGGCGAUACCAUGAUAACAUUAAAGUUCGCAGUCGCGGAGUCAAAUCCAAGAAGUUACAUUGACAUAAAUGGACUUAAACAUGUUCAGCCGAAGUUGAUCAGUGAAAAAUAUGAGCCGGAAAAUAAAACGAACGGACUGAGAUUUACAGCGAUUUGGACCUUCAAUUUCACUAGACAUUAUAAUAAGAAGGAGCUAACAUGUGAAGUGCAAAAUGACGGAUUCCCCGAUCUUGAAUUAAGUUAUAUAUACAAAUUGAAUAUAACAUAUUAUCCCAUUGUUACUAUAUCAGAGAGAGAACAGAAAACUGUUUACGUUGGUGAUGAUAUUGAUUUGGUCUGUAGCGUCGACAGUAAUCCCAAAUCAACGCUGUCGUGGCACAAUCAUGCAGGCAUAAUUAAAGAGGUAUUUGAAGCAGAUGCUAUCGACCUUCAUUUUACAAACGUUUCAUCCGACCAUUCCCAGACAUAUAGUUGCAAAGCCAAUAAUGGAAUUGGUGGAACAGUAUCAAGAGAUAUAACAGUUAUUGUGAAAGAUCCAUUUGAAAGACCAGAGGUUAAAACAUUUACUGAAUCAAACUUUGCAUCCGUCUUGGGGCCAAUAAUUGGCUGUACCUUUGUUAUCCUUAUAGCAAUUUAUGUUGCUUUUAUUUUACGUAAGAGACGACAGAAUGCACAAUCUGACGGCGGGAACAUUCGUGAAAUUAACAUUGAAGAAAAUAACGCAAGUUUGCAUCCAACUGGAAACGAACUCGCACAUAACAAUAUGGCAGCAUCUUCUAGAAACGCUGAUGCAGCAGAACAGCCAGAAUACGCAUGCGUCAUUCCAAAGAAAGACAGGGGGACAUAUCGUGCUAACAAGGAGGCAAAUGAUGCAGAAAACAAAAAUAACGAGAGGGGAGACAAUCUGGUGUAUGCUGACCUAGAUCUAGCCGAAUAUCCAGACCUGGCAGCUAAAAGGCCACUUGCAACUAUGCAUGAACAGACAGAAUAUGUAUCGAUAGAUUUCAGUAAGACCGGCGCAGCAGCGAUAGAAGACAGCUGUGGAGACGACAACUAAAGCGACAUUAACUAUAUAUGGGGCCAUAAAAUUGUUAGAGGAUCAAAAGACAGAAAAGAGCCAAUUCCGUUACAAAAUAAUGUGAGGUUAUGGCCUUCUCUGUAAAGCAAAUGAAAAUAACAAUAAAAAUGGCCACACCUUCUGUUAAAUCAAAACCUCUGGGUCAACCGUUUUGGCGAGACAUUGUACACGAUAAAAAAACUUUUUGCUAAAAAAGAUAGAAAAUAGUAUUAUAGACAAACAUACAACAUGGAGAACGAUGCCUGAUUUGUAAAUUAUCUCUUUUAUAAUUAUUGAUAAGUCUUUCUAUCAUUUAUCUUUUGAUGAUAUGUUUACUUACCUAAAUGAAAGUAACUUUACAGCUGCUUACUAAAAAAGUAGACUAAGUACGUAGUGCAUAAAACGUAAGGAAAAUAGACAAUAUUCAAAGCUCAAAGCUUUAUCUAAAAAUAAACUUGUAAUUUAUAACGCGCUUUGAUAAUUCGAUAUGUAAAUUGCUUUCAAUGCAUUUAUUUUACACUGGAAUAUAAUGCAUGCAUAAUGGGAAACGAAUGAGUGGGAUUUGGUAGGCAUACGCAUAACAGCUGCUUGGUCGGUUAACGCAGUGAUUAAUUGCAGUUAUCAUAAACAAGGCGAAUAUUUUAAGGGGAAAUUAAACCGUUAUACCAAAGCUUUUCACCAUUCAUUCAAGCUUUCCUAGUGUAUAUGCAUGUCAUCAUUUAUAAAUAAACCAUUCUUUGUAGUACACAAUCAAUACUCUCUUCACUACUUACUGUUCCAUUAUACACUGUAAAAUAACAUGACAUUGUCUUGAGGAAGGAAGCAAAAAUAAUAAUUUUUACACGUGAUUAAUGUUAAAAAACUUUCACGAUUAACAUCUUUAAACCAUGUCCAUCUGAAAUGUUUACUAAUUUGUGAUACUAAAUAAUUACAAGAGGCCACUUAUUUAACAUCAUUUAACAACCGAGCUUUUAAGAUGGCUCUCUUAAUAAGGACACGAUUCCUUGAUUUUAAGUCGUGAUCAAAAUUAAAACAUAAACAACAAUUCAACAACUUGUGUCUAUAUAAAAGACAUAAAAGGCCAGUACAUUAUAAAACAGAUAGACCUAUGUUACAUAUUACCGAAAUUUGUUUUGCUACAAUGAAUCAUCUUUUGAACGGAAAGACAAUAUGUGCUACAUGCAUUUUCUUAAUUGUCAUAGUGACAAGACCAACGUGUAAGUGU